AUGCAUAUUAAUUGCAGACAACCAGCUGUUUCUAAAGAUCCGUACCAUGAAUAUGGUACAUGUCACAUACCAACACAAUGUCGUCAUUAUACAAAAGAGUAUUUAUAUGCUCGAGAAUUUUCACCUACACAAAAACAACUGACAUCAGAAGGAAACAUAUCAUCGUAUUCGAUGGAUUCGAAUCAAGUGGGAGCAGAAUCAGGUGAAUCAAAUUCUAAUGCUUACCUAGUGGAUCUGGCGUUAUCUCCUGAAAAACAUUUUGAACCAUAUAGAAUAAAUAAUAAUGAUGAACAAAAGCAAAGUUUAGAUCCAACACCAUUACCAAGACACAUUGAACAAAUUAUCGCUGAACCAUUUAGUGAUCAAUAUUUUUCCAGAAAUUAUGGAUAUGAAGAAGAUCCAGUUCAAAACGAAAAACAAUUAGCUAAUAUGGCCAAACUGUGGGAUGUCGAACGAAUUGCUAUUCAAAAACUUCAGCAUGAUUUAGACAAAAAUAUAUUUCAAAAAACGUUUGAUUAUGUGAAACAUUUUGGACAAAGUGUUGUGUUUGCUCUGUGGUUAUGGACACAUCGACCAACUAAAUGUUCACAACUUGCCAAUCAACUAUCAUCGACCAUUCCCGGAAUCAAUGUCAGGUGUAAAACAACACCAACACGAUUGUGUACACAUCAGAAAAAAUGUGAAGUUUGUCCACCAUGUUCAGAUAAUUUUUGUUGUCAUGAAGUUGCCAUUGAUGCAAAACAAUUUUCAGAAGACCAGGAUGAUGAAAAAGACGUCUCAUGUAUCAAUGAACCAUCAUCAUUAUUUUUGAAACAUCUUAUUCUAGAUGAACAACGAGAAUAUUUACCACCUAUUACACGUGCAUUGAAAAAUAUGCUGGAUAACAAUUAUGAUUACGUAACAGACGAGACGAAAGACAGUUCUAUAUUAUGGCCACACUAUAUAAAUAUGGAAGUUCUUCAAAAGAGUCUCGCAUCUUUUCCAUCAACAAAAGCUCGUUCAUCGAAGUCCAAAACAAAACCAAAAGGAAGAAACUCGUCAAAAUCAUGGCAACGUUCAGAUGAAAGUGGAAAAAAGAACAAAUCAAAAUCUCGAUCUCACAAAUAUACAGAAACUUCUUCAAAAACAUUGCAUAACACUGAGCUACAGUCAAAAAAAUCAUCAUAG